CGUUCUCUCCGGAUGCCGCUGCUCUCGGCCCUCAGCAGUUUCUGCGGCACCGCUCGAGGAAACGAGAGAGCCAUGAGCACUGUGGAGGAGGAGCCGGAUCACAUGAUACCAUGAAGACGAGCCUGCAGGUCCUGCGCUGCCAGCUGCUGAGUGUUCUAGCAUUCCUAGCACUGCCAGUAGGACUGGUUUCAUCAGCACAGGAGCUGUACCUCAGCCAGACGUCCCAGGACUCUGUCUCCAUGGCAGCCCACAGCGCCCCCUCGUCUCCCUCCCAACCCCCCCACCUGGACUGGCCUCAGGAAGGCUCCGGUAGCGGGGAAUGGCCGUCCAAAGGAGGAACUCAACCAACAGGUGUCAUCCUCUCUCCUCGUGUUUUCUACCCGUCAACCUGGCCUCAUACCACCCAGAUCUCCCACCUGCCUGAAGACCCUCCUGCUCCUGACACCAUUACUGUCAUGCCACCCACGUGGAGCACUGGAAGCUGGGUUAAACAGCCCCAGGAGUCCAGCUCUGAUGGAAGCCGAGACAAUGUGAAUAAGUUGGUUAGGGUUUCUCAAGUCCACAACCCAGAUAGAGUCGAUACAAACCAGGCCAGCGGCACAGCGCUCCCCAAUAUAGACAUGGACUCUACUACCAGACGGGCUCCGAACCCCCUGGGUCUCAUGUCCAGCUCUGGCUCAGACAGAGGAGAUUCACUUCCUCUAGGGCCUCACAAGUCAAGCAGGGAACAACCCACUGACCCGAUCCAGCACGUUCAAGAUCUGCAUCCCUCCUCGCUGUCCCAUCCGUCAAUACACAGUGACGGUGGCCUGAAACUCAGGGAGCAUGCUCGGGGGGGUCCAGGGGUGGCUGCACACCACGUCAUCACCCUGAGGGAUGUGCAUGCAGCGACCGAGCUCCCCACCGAAGAGCUGGAGGUAGACCCACCGGCGAGGUCUGCUUCUCCGCUCGCGAGCCCAACAGAGAAUCAAACCUCUACCGGCUCCACCCCAGCCCUGUCUACUGAGCAGGGUCUUGGGGAUCUCACAGUCAACCACACUGCACCCACCGAGACCACCACCGAGGAUGGUCAUGGUCGGGUUCCCCAAGGUAACGGCACAGACAAUCCUCCUCUGAGUCAGGGGCCGGGGAACGUUACCACGUACGGAGGGCUGCUCCCCAACGGCAGCUCGGCCGAGGGGGCGCCCGCCAAGGGGAACAGCUCGGAGGACGCUUCCACCGCCAGCAGGAACUUCCUCAACAGGAAGGUUCCCGCCACCACCCAGGAACCCUGGACCCCCGGCAACAGCUCCGACCCCACCGUGGACUCCCCGUCGUCCCGCUUGACCAUCUGCCUGAGCAGGCUGGACAUCAUGUGGAUCGUGCUGGCCAUCAGCGUGCCCGUGGCCUCAUGUUGACCAUGACACCUGUCUACCCCCUAAUGGAGACUACAGCGGCAGCAGCGUGGUCCUGGUUAACCCCUUCUGCCAGGAGACCCUCUUCAUCAACAGAGACAAAGCUUCUGCCAUCUAGAGACAGAACAGGAGAAGACUGAGUCUCCUCCUCUACUCCCCCUGCUGUCGUUGUCUAUUUUAUAUAUGUGGUAAAUAUUCAGAGACUUUUGACUUUAUACUGUAUAUUAUAAAAACAAAGAGCAACCUGGAAGGAUGUAAACAGACACUAUUUACUAUGAGGAUGCACCUGCAUAUUUUUCUGAUGUACAUUUUCUACAAAAAGGCUUAAUUGUGAUUUAAAAAAAAGGUUUUUAUUGUCUUUAUAAAAUACAGAGUAUAUGUGGUUUUGUUUAAUGACAGUGGCUUGAUGGCGAGUGCACUGUGGAUGUUGCCACAUCAACCUGCUUGAUAGAGAGAGAGAGAGAGAGAGAGAGAGAGAGAGAGAGAGAGAGAGAGAGAGAGAGAGAGAGAGAGAGAGAGAGAGAGAGAGAGAGAGAGACCUGCUAUGAAAACUUUAAAGCUGUAAUUUUUCUUUUCCUUUAAAAUCAAUUCCAAAAUACUUAUAGCCUGUUGAACUUGAAUAUAGCACCUACAAUAUUAACUUGGGGGAGGGGGCAGAGAUUUGAAGCAAAAUGCUGUGUGUGAAAUCAGGGUCUGUAUUUAUCAAACUGUUAAAGCAAGAAAUUCACGAAUGUUACAAAGAGUCACAAAGACGAAGAAUUGAAAGAAAGAGUGGUCUCCUUGAAUCUCAUUGAUAAUUGAUAAUUUUUCAGGAAAACUUAAUUUGUUAUUCUGAAUAUGUAAGUUUUAUUUUUCUUAAGUUCAUAUUCAUUGUGUGAACUCCUUAGUUUCCCAUAACAGCAAUCAUGUACUUCUAUAAUAAACAAUACAUUUGUGAAUAAUAACAAUAUAUUUGAUAAAUUGCGCGUCAGCAUUGAGCUAAACAUUAAAGCCAGGUUUUAAGUCACAAAUACAGGAUUUAUACAUCACGAAUAAGGAAUAAAUCAUAGGAAAUAGGAUGUUAACAAAAUGAUCACUGUACAUUAGAGGCUACACAGUGUCAUAAGAAUUAGUUUAGCACCAUAUUAACAAAUCCAGACGAUGAAGAUGUGAUUGCAAACAAAAUCAGAACCAGAUUUGUUGUUUUACAGCCCCGAUAAAUGCAGAUUAAAAAAGAAAGAAAGAAAGAAAACGUAUAAGAUCUUUGCCAAAUGCAUAUAGUAGCCUAAACCAUUCUGAUUAUGUAUUAUACAGCCAUUCAUAUUAUUCAUAUAAUGACAAUACUACCAUCACUUUAAGACAUGUGCCAAGUAGAUGAGCACAUUUAAUUCUUAAGUUUCAAAGCAGGUGACUAAGUAAAGAACCUUAUAUUUUAUCUCUCAUCAGUUUGAUAAAGACAAGCCCAGGUUUUAAAGGUCAAUUUGAGUGGAAUCUACAUCUGGCUGUUCUGAAAGAUGGUGCAUCUCUCGGUCGAUUGGAACUGACGUAAAAUGGCUUCCUCCCUCGUGUGUCACCAGCUUCUCUUAAGAGGGACCACAUAGAUGUCUUAACUCUUUACUUUGGCCCUUUAUAUUUCAGUACGUGUGUGUGAAAGCCUUGUUCGUGCAUGUAAGCAAACUGUGUGAGCGAGAGUGGACGGAUCAGUUUAAUCCAGCUGCCCCCCCUUAACCAAAUAUCACUGUUACUUAAAGUCAAACAAGACUUUGUAUCACAUCCGUUCUUCUGUCUGUGUCUGUCUGUGUGUGUCUGUGUGUGUGUGUGUGUGUGUGGGUGUGUGAGCCUCUGUCUUUCUGUCUGUUUGUCCUCUCUGCUGUAUUGUGGAGCCUCUACUGGUUAUAGCCCAACAUGAGAAAUCAUUUCUCAGCGCCUGUAGGAAAUUAGACAUCCCUUGCUACUGUAAGUGUUUCCCCAGAUACUGUGUUAGUCCGUUAAUGUAACUCGUGUCUGUUGAAAUGUCGAAUGAUUGUGAACGAUUCCUCUGGACACACACACGAUUUGUGUUAGAGUCUGUUAAAGAUCCUGACCAAUGAAAACACUGAGACAAAAAAUGUACCGUAUGCUGAGUAUUUACUGUGAGCACAUACAGAGGCGUUUGAAUAUUUCUUUUAUCUAAUUAUUGACCCUGUGGCCCUUCUAUCAUCUGUUUUACUUUGCAUUGCUGCAGUUUUAUUCAAUAAUCGAUACUGCCUGCCUCUAUUGUCGCUGAAGAUCUUCUGCAUUGUGCGCUGUUGUUCUGAAGUCACCGGUUCGAGCGGUGGUGGUGAACAACACAAUUAAACAUAUUGAUUAUUUUCCUGCAGCGGACGCUCACAGGUGGGCUUGUUGUGUUGCACGCUCAAAAAGUGGAUAUUUUACAAAACGUUCGGUGGAGCAGUGUUCAACAUGAUGUAUUUUUUGUACUGUAGUAUACACUGUACUUUUUACUGCUGAGCAAUAAAACAAACAAAAAAACACAUGGA